AUGAAGCUCACGAAUGCUAACGAGGUGCCGGUCUAUACCAUCUCCGGUGCUUCUACUGCAAGACCUCUGCCAGACUGGCUUGCACGGCAACGGAAGCGCAGUUUAAAAAACGACCCCGAGUAUGCCAAUCGAGUCGAAUUACUCCAGGAUUUUGAAUUCGAAGAAGCCAGCACGUGUAUAAGAGUCAGUGAAGAUGGAGAAUGGGCGAUGAGUACUGGCACAUACAAGCCGCAGAUUCACGCACACAACCUGCCACAACUUUCUCUCUCCUUCGCGCGACAUACCACCAACCUAAAUCAUUCCUUCAUCCUCCUAUCCUCCGAUUAUUCUAAAUCGCUCCAUCUACAAAUCGACAGAAGACUCGAGUUCCACACUCCUGGAGGAUGCCACUACCAAACACGCCUCCCGAGAUAUGGCAGAGACUUAAUUUACGACAAGCAAUCGGCUGAAGCUUUGGUUCCAUCUGUUGGCGUGAAUGCAGAUGGUAGUGGAGAGGUUUACCGACUGAACCUCGAGAUUGGAAGAUUUAUGAAGUCUUACGAAGUUGACGUCGGUGGUGAUGACCUGGCUUCAGCUGGAGGCGGUGCAUUACAAGGUGGGAUCAAUACUGGCAGUGUGAAUACGGCUGCAAUUGCAGAAGAGAGCCAUAAUCUACUUGCUUUCGGAACUUCUAUUGGGACUGUUGAGUUUUGGGAUCCGAGGUCAAAGGCUAGAGUAGGGAUUCUGUCAGGACAAGAAGGAGAAAUUACGGCUCUCGACUUUGACAGGUCAGGUAUUUCGCUCGCAACUGGUUCCUCUGAAGGUCUGGUGCAAAUCUAUGACCUCCGACGCCCAGUUCCAAUUUUGCGCAAAGAUCAAGGAUAUGGAUACCCCAUUAAAACAUUAAUACAUAUGACAACAUCAUCUCAGGAAAAGAAAAUAUUGUCGGCGGACAAACGAAUCAUCAAAUUAUGGGACGAGGCUGAUGGCAAGGCUUGGACGUCAGUCGAGCCAGCUGUGGACAUCAAUUCUGUAGCAUGGUGUAAGGAGAGUGGGAUGCUCUUGACCGCGAACGAAGGCAAGCAGCAGCACGCUUUCUUCAUUCCACAGCUUGGCCCCGCGCCCAGGUGGUGCUCAUUCUUAGACAAUAUGGUUGAGGAGAUGGCAGAAGAAGCGCCAGCAGGAACAUAUGAUAAUUACAAGUUCUUGACGCUACCGGAACUGAAAGCCUUGAACCUUGGACAUCUUGUUGGGACAACCAAUCUAUUACGGCCUUACAUGCACGGAUAUUUUGUUGCCUCGAGGCUCUACGAGGAAGCUCGGCUUAUUGCCAAUCCAUACAUUUUAGACGAGGAGAGGACCAAGAGAGUCAAAGAGAAAGUUGAGAAAGAAAGAGCCAGUAGGAUUAGAGGCGGCAAGAAAGUCAAGGUUAACCAGAAUUUGGUCGACAAGAUGCUCAAGAGACAAGAGCGAAGACAGAAGGUCGAUGAGGAUAUGGGUGUUCUUGGUGACGACCGAUUUGGCAAACUGUUUGAGGAUGAGGAUUUUGCUGUGGAUGAGCGAAGCAGAGAGUUUCAGGCACUCAAUCCCAGUACGAAGGUUGACGCCGUCAAUGGGAAGGCGUCAGAUGACGAAGCCAAUUCGAGCGACAGUGGGGACAGUGAUAAGGAUGAGAUUAUGUCGAAGCCCAAGCCCAAGCCUGAAAUGCGGAUAUCAUCCUCUUCAUACAAGAAGUCUGGUCACCAACGUCAGGAUAAGCCUUUGGGAUCACGAAUGCAAGGUGCGGGCCGUGUCAAUAAGAAUAAGGGAGAGGUUGUCGGCGAGCGAUCCGUUACCUUUGCACCCGAGGGAAGAAAGAAGGAGAAAGAGAGUGCCAAACCUCCUGUCGAGCGGAAGGGGAGACGUGACGACGGUCGGAGGAGCGCCAGUGGAAACGUGUUUAGGAACCUGUGA